AGAAAGCCGGCUGCACGGCGCACGCGCGGAACGUCAUCUUCCAGCGCCUCCAAGACGCGCUCCCCUCUGACGCAACGGCGCGAUGGCUGCCGCCGUAGCGAGGAUGGCCGCUUGUCGGGGGAAGAUCCAUUUUCUUCUGCGCAAUAUAGUGCGAACCUUUGCUUCACAGACGGAGGGAGAAAUCAGGGUGGCACAAGUGCUUAAAGAAAAGUUCCCUCAGGCUGCUGCUAUCAAAGUAGUAGAUAUAUCAGGUGGCUGUGGAGCAAUGUAUGAAAUCCAUAUAGAGUCUGAAGAGUUUAAGGAAAAGAGAAUGGUACAGCAACACCAAAUGGUCAAUCAGGCUUUAAGUGAUGAAAUUAAAUCAAUGCAUGGACUACGGAUAUUUACUUCUGUUCCCAAGCAUGGAAGCUAGGAGUGGCUGACAACGUGCAAGAUUUUCAUAUUCCAGAAACUGGUGAGGCUCUGAGAGAAUGCUGCUUAGCACAUGAUACAGCCAGAUGCCUUUAUUUCCACCCUCCCAUGCUUCUCCAUCUCCCUCUGAUCUACAAACUACAAAUAAAAUCACUGUGCUGAUGUGCUGUAAAAUAAGGGUACCUAAGGCUUGUUUCAAAAGCAGUAUUUAUUUCAGAUGCAGAGGUCAGCUCUCUUAAUUGCAUUGAUUAACCUCUUUUCCCCAAGAAGACUCGUGUCAGAGUAUCAUGUGAGUCUCUUUUGCCAACAGCUGUAGAGAAAGAAUGAAGAAUAUUGUAGACAGGAAGAAGUACUCCUUGAUAUCCACCCCUCUUUAUGCAAAAGUAUGCCAAAGUUCAAGGGAAAAUUAUAGAUGAAAUGUGCUGCACUUGUUUCUGGGGUUUAUGGCAAUUGAGGAGCUGAAAAGGAAUUUCAGAACAACUUUGGAGAGAUUACUGAAAGAAGAAUGCAGAUGCCUUGUACACAGAGUGCCUUCCUUGUAAUAAGGUUGCUUUAAACCAGCUGUUACAAACAGUACAGUUUUCUAGGGUUAAAUGAUCCUAGCAACAUUGUUUUAUUAGCUGUGAUGAGCAGGGCUGCCUGUCAUGACCUUUCUAGGAAUGCUACUGCAGUUAGUUUCUUGAAAUGUUAAAUGAGGCGUGAUCUUUUGUGAAGAGUAUCUUGCCAUUUUAGCAUGAGCAGCAGUGUUGAAUUCUGAAAAUCUAAAAUAAAAAUGCUACUUAAGUUUUCUUCCAGUCUAACUGCAAAGCGCUCUGUACUCUAAUAGUAUUGUAUAGUGGCUGCACUGGAAUACAAAAGGGACUUGUUGGACUGCAACUACAAUUAGCCAUAUAUCGCACUGUGGUCUCUGGAAACUGCCAGUACCAUUGCAAUGCAACCCACUGUAAUAUUGGUAUAGGAUCCUUUGCACGCCCUGCAGCAAAGUUGAAAGGGCAACAGCAUCACUUCAAGCCACAGAGAAUGCAGCAACAGCAUUAGAUAAACCUCAGCAACCAUGGCAAUGUUGCUGGCAUCCACCAAUUACACUGCAGCAUUAGGAUGUCUUCACAUUAACCUUGCGUGCCAGGAACCAAGCCAUGCAUAGUGACAGGGUACCCCUGUAAUGCCAUACUGCUCAUCACACAGAUGAGACUCAAACUGGCAGAUACUACAGCACUUUCACCAUUGUUUGAACCACUGUGGUGUCCUCAACACAAGGCAAGUUUUUUUUAAUUACCACUUUAAUAGGGUAUCUUCCUGUGUGUUUAGUUCUCUGUAAAUCUCACUGGAAUCAAGAACUGAAGGGAAGAUAUAUGCAUGUUUUCAUUACAUAAACAGUCCAGCACUCACUGCAGCCGGGGGAUUGAAUCCCCUUUUUCCACAUACAGAGCUUGCCAACAACUGCCUGUGUUGAAAGGGAAGCAGAAUGAGGUGCAGAGGAGAAGGAAGAUGGAAGCCCCUAAGAGCCCCCAUUCAUACUCAACAGUUCUGAGCACUUAGCCUGGCAGAACACAGUAUGGAAUGUGAGCAUUGGAUACCACCUGCUAAGUGAUUAAUGUUACAAAAUGGCUGUGGAACGUGAUGGAGCAGAUCAUAAUCAGUGCCUCAACACACUUUUGUCUGUUUUUUAGUCAUGUUAAUAGAGAGAAUCGUAUCACCUUAUUGUCUCUUGGCACUAUAAAACACCCACUGUGAUCCUAAAACAUAGCUUGUGCUACAACCUUUAUCACAGAAAUGAGAGUGUUUCUUCAAAUAAAACAUAACCUCACUGUA